AUGGCUUCUAAUGUUUAUUCGGAUCAAAUCUUGAAAAACAAUAGCUUUGAUCUUCCUUGUCCAUCUCCAGACUCCAACGACAUCUGUAAUAACUCCUUUGAGAAUCAAAUCAACCCCACCAAUCACCCAAUCCCCAUUUGGAAUCAAUUAUCAGUAGACAUUUCCAGCUUCGAAAUUAGCCAAGAAAGCCUUGCAGAGACCAAAGAUGUGGGCUAUCUUGAUCAACAACCAGGUGGCGUCUCUGCACUGGAAGCUGAUCCUGAAAAUGGGAUAUCAGUUGAUCAUGAAACAGAUCUUUCUCUUCAAUACCAAGCAACUGAUCAUACUAGAUCAUUUGAUCAUGGUACGAAUCCAAACCUGGAAGAGCAGCCUUCUACGAAGACAAAAGGCUUCUUCACACUAGCCUUGGAAGUUUUUAAAAAAUAUACUUCAAUUAUCCUCCUUUUCUGCUGCGCCACACUUUCCAUUGUGAUCGACGUUAAAAGGAACGGUGCAGAAGGAGCAGUCUUUGAUGCUGUAGUUACGUACCUGGCCAUACUCACAGUUGUCUUCUUCGGCGCCAUUGCAAGAGUUUGCAAGAGGAACCAAAGAAUGAUCGAGAAGUUGUCAAGGAUCAAGUUGAUGAGACCAACAAUUAAGCACUUUUUGUUGGAGUCAUCAAAUGAGGAGUCGAAGUUGCAAAGCUCUAUUAAUACAACCUAUUCUCGUUUGGAAAAGAUUUGUUUGAGCCUGUCAUUGCUGCUUCUUGUAGCGCAGGUACUCAGAUGCUUCCUAUUGGAAUCAGGGUGGUGUGACGAGAAUCAUAACCCUGAUCCCAAAGGUGUGAAGAACACGGUGGAGGAGAUGAUGAGCGAAGCCACAAAAAUUAUCAAGAAGCAAGAACGUGUAAGGGUUAAUAGAUUGGUUUCUAUGCUCUGCAUAUUGGUCUUUGCAACAAGAGAUGGCUUGCCUCUAGGAAUUUCCAUCUCUUUGGCAUAUGCAUCUAUGAAAAUGAUGUGGUCGCAUCGAGCCAUGGUCAGGAAACUUCCAGCAUGUGCCACAAUGGGUUUGGUCACCACCAUCUGCACCGGUAAAACGAUUGAUCUAGCUCUGCAGCAUAAGAAGAUGGCGGAUUUGUGGAUCGGUUUCAACAAUAUCAAGGAAGUUUCAACUGAAGUAGCAAGUGAAGUCCUUGAUAAGUUGAGGGAGGGAGUGUCUAUGAAUAUGAUCAUGACUCAAACUAGCCCAGGAGAGGAUGCUGCUCUUCUUUGCUGGGCUCAGCAAGUGCUUGGCAUCAAUAUGGAGGAGUCGGAUCGAAGUUGCACCAUCCUCCAUACUCACGCUUUUGAUCUCAGCAAGAAUCGAAGGGGCUUAUUGUUGAGGAGAAAUGGUGAGGUUGGCGGUAAAGCUUUGCAUGUGCACUGGCAAGUAGACCCUGAGAUGGCACUAUCCAUGUGUUCAGAAUAUUAUGACGUUGAUGGAACUAUGCAAACCCUAGAUGAAGACAAAAUGGUAGUUUUUAAGAAAAUCAUUGAAACUAUUUCCUCAGAGGGUCUCCAGUGCUUUGCUUUUGCAUACAAACAAAUUAUCGUACAAAAGAAAAAGGAAUCCCUGAAACUUGAAGAAGAAGAAGAAAUCCUCAAACCCGUAGAGUAUGGCUUAACCUUAUUGGCCAUAGUGACCUUGAAGAACCCUUAUACACCGCAGGUGAGAGAAGCAGUCAAAGGUUGUAGAGAAGCAGGAGUUAAGAUCAAGUUAGUCGUGGGUGAUGAUCUAAACACAGCCAGAAUCAUGGCCAUCAACUCCGGAAUUCUUAGUCCUGAAGAAGACAUUCAUGGAGCAAUAAUCAACGCCUCUGAAUUUCGAAGUAUCUCUGAGGAAGAACGCAAGAGCCUGAUCGAUAACCUCCGCGUGAUGGCCGACACCACCUCUUCUUCCGAUAAAUUAUUAAUGGUGCAGUGCUUGAGACAGAAUGGCGAGAAGAAGCAGAGGAAGANCAUCUCUGAGGAAGAACGCAAGAGCCUGAUCGAUAACCUCCGCGUGAUGGCCGAUACCACCUCUUCUUCCGAUAAAUUAUUAAUGGUGCAGUGCUUGAGACAGAAUGGCGAGGUGGUGGCAGUCACCGGAACGUGCACUAGAGACGCUCCGUCCCUAGUCGAAGCCGACGUCGGGCUUUUUCUCGGUCAUAUUGGUGCAGAAGAAGCAGAGGAAGAUGUGGACAUAGCUGUCUUGGACAUGGAUUUCUUGACAAUCUCUGCCCUCUUAAAGUUGGGAAGAGGUGUCUGCAACAAUCUUGAGAAGUUCUUACAGUUCCAGAUGACUUUUAACAUUGUUGCCUUCACUUUGAAUCUCAUUCUUGAAGUUUGCACAAGUGAAAUGCCAAUAACACCAUUUCAGCUCCUGUGGGUAAACCUAAUUAUGGAUGUUCUUGGUGCCUUGGCUUUGGCCACCACAUCAAUGGCGGCGGAGCCGCCGCCUUCUCAGAUUCGACUAGAGAGACCGCCGCCACCAGUAUAUGGUGCUGGCGGUUCAAUCUUUACCCAGAGAAUGAAGAGAAACAUAGCUGUUCAAUCUUUGUUCCAAGUCACUCUUCUAUUGAUUCUGCAUUUCAAGGGAAAAUCUAUUCUCCAGGUGGACGAGACCACAUUAGAAGCUUUAAUUUUCAACUCCUACAUGCUUUGCCAAGUCUCUGUACUGAUCAACACAAGAGAGAUUGACAAAACUAAUGGUUUUGAGGGGAUGUUUAAGCAUAAGAACUGUGGGUUUCUUGUCCUUGUAGGAGCCAUCGUUGUCCUGCAGCUGGUAGAGAUUGAGUUGGCUGCGGUUGUUGCUCAUUCAGCUAGGUUAGAUCUGAAACGAUGGUGCAUCUGUAUUGGCAUUGCAGCAGGAGCGAUGCUUAUAGACUGUUUGGUCCGUUUCCUGAACUUAAUUAGGCAACUUAAUCUAGCUACUUAA